AUGUGUCGUUUUGGUGGAGGUGAAAUUCACUCAAUUGCAGCCUUCAUGGGUGGAAUUGCGGCCCAAGAGGUGGUCAAACUCGUCACCCACCAGUUUGUACCCAUCUGCCACCCGGUAAUCUACAAUGGCAUCACCCAACAAAUU